AUGUCCGCAUCAUCAAAUACUAGCAACGGCGACUUGCCUCCAGUGUCGGAUGUGGUAUUCUUCAGCCCGACUGCGGCCAUCUUCAUGAUCUGUGUCGCCGUGGCGGUGGAUCCUGUGAAGGCGACUUUGUCAACUAAGGGGUGCUGGACCAGCGCAGAGCCAGCUUCGCGUUCAAGACCGUUGACAAUGUUGACAAUACCAGGAGGGAAGCCGACUUCCUUGACGAGCUUUGCGAAGACGAGGAUCGACAAAGGUGUCUGUUCUGCUGGCUUCAGCACAACAGUGUUGCCACAAGCUAGAGCAGGGCCGAGCUUCCAGCAAGCCAUCGAGAGAGGGUAG